CGGGUAUUGGUGGAGCCGACGCUAGCCGAGGGACGUCAGGGGCGGGAUCUUCAACCAACUGGGCGCUUGUCGUCAACACAACAAACUUGGCGUAUGCGAAGACUGGUCACGAAGACUGGUCACAGCCCUGGCCGGCGAGGGAGGUCAGCCUGAGACACUUUCAGGGCUUGAGUCCACUUGAGUGGCCGGUGUUGUUGACGGUUGACGCAGUAACUUUAUAUUUCAAGUAGAAACAGUCGUGGAGUGCCUGCUGUAGACUGGCAUCGGAAGUGCUGCUGCAGUCGGACCUCUCCGUCCUAUAUGUCUAUAGUGAGAAAAAGGCUUCACCCAAGGGACACCUUCAACAUACCUAAUGAACUGUCAUGCGACUUCCCACUCUGGCGUGAUUAAUAUUCCAUGACGUGCAGUAUAAAGCGGACGUGCUUGGUUGUUGCUGGAUGGAAAGAGAGCCAUGUCAAGAUUGGGGCACCAGGCGGGUCUACUUGUGUUUCUAGCAGGCCUGAUACAAGUGACGCUUGGAUUAGAUAUUGUCGAUGAAGAGUUGCCUCCCCUGGUGACGGAGUCCACGGAGAAGCUUCUGAUCCGGGACCUGCUGACGCGGUAUGAGGACUUCGGCAAGCAAGGUCGCCCUGUGUACAACUACCACGACACCCUCAGGGUGAACUUCAGCCUCUCUCUCAUACAGAUACUAGACGUCGAUGAGAAGAACCAGGUUCUCAAGCUGAACAUAUGGUACCAUUAUAUCUGGACGGACCUGCUGUUGACAUGGGACCCGACCCGGCACGACAACAUCACAAGUGUCAGGGUGCCAUCAGACAAAAUAUGGCUUCCAGAUAUUUACUUGUACAAUUUCGCCGACGAUCGCCUUCGAGAACAACGAGAAGCUCUGGUGGUUGUCCAACACACUGGAGAACUUCUAUGGAUGCCACAAGCUAUCCUCAACAGUUCCUGUUCUUUUGAUACUCUGUUAUUCCCCUUUGACUCACAAAAGUGUUCUCUGAAGUUCGGUUCGUGGACCUAUCACGGUGAGAAGGUGGAUCUGGACUUCGUCGCAGGUCAGAGCGCGAUGGACGUCAGUGACUUUAUGCCGAGUAACGAGUGGGACCUAAUUGGCAACUAUGGCGAGAGGAACGUCAAGUUCUACACCUGUUGUACGGAGCCGUACCCAGACCUCUUGUUUACGCUUAGAAUACGCCGGAGAGUUGCGUUUUACACAUUUAUCCUCAUCCUGCCAUGUGCGCUGCUGUCCCUCCUGACUCUCGUCAUCUUCUGGGUGCCGCCUGAAUCGCCGGCCAAGCUACAGCUGGGAAUGAACAUCUUCUUGGCGUUCUUCGUACUGCUGCUUCUGCUAGCUGACUACACCCCCCGAGCCGCAGCAUCCAUACCGCUUAUAGGAGCCUACUUCUGUCUGAGUAUGGUGAUGAUCACGUUGUCGACGGUGCUGGCCUGCGUCAUCGCCAACAUGUUUUUCCGAGGGGUGCGGAUCAAUAGGGCUCCUCGGUGGCUUCGUUCGUUUAUAAUCGACGGCGUGGCGCGGAUGAUGAACGUCCGCCACACUUUCCAAGAGUCUCCCCGGGAUUGCACAACACCCAAAAAGACCUGGUCAUCGUUUGUGGAUAAUCAGACAGACCAGUCGGACCCGGAGCUAGCCUUUGCUCGAGUGAACCUUCUGGACACAGGGGGCGACUCCCGCUCAGACAUCUACGGUGGAGAUGGGUCAUCGCUUGGGGCGUCUCCCGCCCGCCAGAUGGCGCGACAACCGUGCCCGAUAUUGGAGCAAGUCAGUGGGAUACGUGAACACAUGGACAAAACGCGGGACGAGAGGAAAAUACAGGACUCAACGGAUAGCAAUGUGCGCGAGUGGAGAGUCAUCGCAUGUGUGGUGGACAGAUUGUUCUUUAUCUUCUACGUCGUGGUCAAUGCCAUCGGACUUGUCGCAAUCGUACUGGGAGGUGUGUUUAUUUGAGAGAUAAGACAACCUGAUUGUGAUUUGGUUUUAUGAAUAACACCUGUCAAAAGCUUCCUGGGGGUUGUAUUUGAGAUAUAGCACAAUGUGAUAUUGUAAUAUUUCCAAUGGCAUCAGAUUUGUCGUUUAUCGUCAAUUGAGGACACACUGUAAACUGGACAUGCCUGCUAUUACCAAUGUUGUAAAACUUGCUACAGCUGUGUGGUAGUAGCAACAUUAUGCAAAAUCACAUUAACAUGUACUUCACUGUCUCCAUCCCCGCCAGCGUCAUGCCAAUACAUUAUCGUGUGUCUACGUUCAUCAAGGUGUCUCAUCCCACAGGCAAUAUCCACACAGCGUCUUUCCAGGCAGAAAACUGCAUACAGGCAUGCCAUCCGAUCGAAGACAACUGAUGGCUAUAUACUAGCAACACUUCCAACAGCGAAACAUAUUUACCUCGAAGUCUUUUCACUCAUUAAAUGUUAACCUAAUCUGGCUGAAUCACCAUCAGCACAAUGUCAAAUCUCUCCGCUUGUCUCGAAAUACGGAUAACUCGUUAUAUUUCAACUGUCCAUGGUAUUCGAGUAAGCGAAGUUUCACUCUACUUCUUUACCAUCUUGAAAUAAUGCCAAACAUCGAUCAUCAGCAUGUACCAUAUAUAAUUUACCAUAUAUAAUCUGUGAAUAUUCCAAGCAAACCUCACACAUAUCUUGCUGUAUAUACACUGAGCAACAGCUGCUUACUUGGUAGAAAUAAUUUGAAUUGAUUCAAAUUUUAAUAAAGAGUUAUUGAUAAUGUUUAUCAAAUGCGAUCGUGAGGAAGUCAUCUCAAUUUCUCAUGGAAUAAUAUUCCUUUCCCAUUGAUAGAUUUCCAUUUCCCUUGUUGAACGUCUGGUCGCGCUGGUCAUGUGCACACGUUUACUCUCACCCUUCAUACAAUGUGCGACCCAGCAUUCCUUCUGUUCCCUCUCCUUAGCCCAAUAUAGUGUUUAACUUCAAAUAUACAUGGUCCGAUAGACCUUAUCAAGAUUUUGUGGGUGUCUCAAAUAGAUGUGAAGUUAUGAGUAUUUUCCAUUAUCUUUCAUCUGCAGAAUGAAGUAUGUUCAAAUGUACCUUUGACCAUCAGAAAAGUAGAUGCGAUGCUUACAUAUAUGUAAUGGCAUUCAUCGUGACUAAAUUCAAAUGGAUUAUCUCAAGCGUUUAACAUUAGGUAUUUGCAGUUAUUUACAAUUAUUAUAAUUCUCUCCAAACAGUCUCUGUUACGCCACCUUGAUUACUGUUGCGAUACCCGUAACGUGCACGGUGCUUUGUUUUGCAUUACUAGCAAAAGGAAAGUGGGAGUCUAAAGUCACAACACUGCCUUUCUAAUGCAAAUAAUGUAUGUUUUAUACUGUAUUAUGUGACAUAUUCAGUAUUUAUUUUGAUUCCGCAGGACAUUAUUAGCAAAGUAUGCGGAAACUUAAAUACGCAUAAAAAUACAUCUUGUGAUAGUAUCUUGUGUUCCUGAUUUUCCAGAAACGACUUAUUGGUGAUUACAUUGCUUCUUCAAAAGACUUUUGGGGUUAUUGAAAUUGUAUUUUAUAACUGAAUAUAAUAAAGGCAAAUGCUUAGUACUA